AUGUCAACACCUAAAUCUCUGGACUCGAAAACUGUGAAAAAUCUUUGGGAUCAGAAUCAAAAUAAAAGCCUGGACAAAACAUCCCAAUCGCACAAGAAAAAGGGAACAGAGAAUAUCGUUCAGGUGAUAGCUGAUGGCAUUCAGGAUAUUAUUAUUUCAGAUGAGUCUCGAAGCUUUGCACUUCCUCAAAGCAUAUCCAAGGAAACUGGAUUACAGCUCCCAGAAAUCUCGCGUAAAACUUUGUGUAGAAAAACUCAAAAGGCUAUAAAGAUUUAUAAAUUAUUCGAAAAAAUAGGCAUUGAUAAAAUUAAGUAUCUUAAAGCAUACGGUGCAAAUUCUAUUUCAGAAUUGACAAACGAUCAAAAUCCAAAAGAUAUUUCUGAAUAUAACGAGAAAUCACAUGAGUGGAAUUCGACGACGGCCCGUCGCCAAAAAUCAUACAACCGAAAUUGUAAUACUUACCAGAAACUGAGAACUCCGACGCCUCCACCAAAAAUUACUACUAAUGUGGUGUUUGAUGCUGAAAUAGAACAUAACAUUUUAACUGCCGGUGGGUUGAAUGUACUUUUUGGUGGAUUAACUGGCAGCACAACCCACUCCGCAGCUCGUCAUUACUUACACCGUAUGGAAUAA